AUGAUUGGCAAUCCGGGAGCGCUACUUGUCGAUAUGAAGAAACAAGGCUUGUUUGAGAGUUUUGAUAAGUCUUACCAUCCAACCUACGGGAUAGGCACAAUGACCGGCAAUAUAUACGAUACUGCGUGGAUCUCGAUGGUGAAAAAAUCCACGGAAGGUGGAUCUGUCUGGGCAUUCCCAGCUGCCUUCCAGGCUAUUUUACAAGAGCAACGUCCUUGUGGCAGUUGGAGUGGAACUACCUCGGAAUUGGACUCUAUUGUUAGCACCUUAACGGCUCUUCUUGCUCUACAGAAACAUGCAGAGAACUGCUGUGAAACAGAGCUUCAAGAUCUACACUCAAGGAUCCUCAAAGCAAAACAAUUCCUACAGACAGCCUUGAAAGGCCUGGAUGGCUUGCUGGCAACAUGUACGUUGUCUGUUGGUCUAGAACUUCGAUUACCAGCAAUUCUAGAUCUCCUGGAAUCGGAAGGGCAUACAUUCGACUUUGAUCGAACGUACCUGACUAAGUUUCAGUCGAAGAAACUUUCGAAGAUUAACCUGGAAACUAUCUUCAACGGCCCACAAUCGUCUCUUUUACACUCUCUGGAAGCUGUGAUUGGGAAGGUUGACAUUGAAGCUCUGAGACAUCAGAAAGUCCUCGGCAGUAUGUUAGCAUCUCCAUCUGCGACCGCAGCAUAUCUCAUGUAUCAUCCCUUGUGGGAUGAUGAGGCCGAGGAAUACAUUCGGCAUGCAAUCUCCAACGGUGCAGGUCGAGGAUCAGGCCUUGUGGCCGCAGGAUAUCCGACCACUGUAUUCGAAUGGGCAUGGGUGACAUCGAAUUUGCUACGCCAUGGCUUUGAAACAAGCAGCCGCCUUAUACAGAUUGGCAACCAAGUUGAAGACGAAAUUCAAAAGCAAGGGCUCGUUGGCUUCGUCCCCAAGGCGUGCGCUGAUGCCGAUGACACGGCCAAGGCGUUAGUAGCCCUGAUGCUGCAAGGAACACGCUACUCGCCCCAGGCGUUGGUCGAUCGGUUUGAGCGAGAAAAUCAUUUCGCAACCUAUCUGCACGAGACGCAUACAAGCGUGAGUACGAAUUCUAAUGUCCUGACUGCUCUGGUAUUGCUUUCGACCGAUGGCCACUACCAGCCGCAAAUCGAAAAAUGCACUCGCUACCUGUGCGAGGCAUGGUUUAACUGUGACGGACUGCUCAAAGAUAAAUGGAAUAUUUCGCCUUAUUAUCCGACGAUGCUCAUGUGCGAAGCCUUGAUGUCCUACAUCCAGCGCUGGAGUGAAGGACAUCUGGCCGCAUUACCAGAUAAGCUUAUGAGGUUUCAGCUACCGCUCACGCUCUUUCAGUCAUUAAUCCGAACAUUGCACACCCAGAACCAGGACGGCUCCUGGGGAAGCUCAAACUCUGCUGAAGAGACCGCAUAUGCCAUCCUGAUUCUGAAAAGCGUGACAUGUUUCAGUUUCACUGAGAUGAUAGCAGCCCGCGUGAAAACAGCAAUCAGCAAAGGCCUCGAGUUUAUUUUGACCCGAAGCCAACGCUCGCCGACAGACGACCAGCUUUGGUUGGACAAAACCUUGUAUGCCAUACCGACUGUUUCGGACUCUUACAUCAUGGCUGCUGUUCAAGCUGAGGAGACUAUUAACAAACUUGCCGAAAUACCAUCCAAACUGGUCAACAUAUCAACGAUCACGGUUUACAAAAUGAUAGAAUACUUUUCUCAAUUGCCAUCCCAAACGCAAACACCAAAGUGGGUCAUACAAGCUUCAGCAAUCGAGGCGAUUCUUCUUAGCGACAGUUUGAAGACGCUGGAUGUAUUUUCCACUGGAAGGCCCCUGGGAGAAAAGUACAUCAAAUUUGCCGCCUGCUUCUGGACAUUGGCCAACAACUCAAGCCCCGGGUGUCUCCUGAGUACGCGGGUUAUUUACAGCAUGGCAGAGCUCUCCAUUGGUUUGUUUCAAGAAGACGACCUAAUGGAGAGGUCGCUCGCAAGUCUACCGGACUCUGCCAUCCCCAUGAUAGUCGACUAUAUCGACAAGUUGUGCCAUGAAACCAAUCUCUGCAAAGAUCAUUCUCUGCACCAAUGCCUGGAUGAAGACAAUAUUUCUAAUAUGGAUGAGGAAGCUCUCCACAGGGUCAAAGCCGUACGGCAAAACAUAGACCUCUGGUUCCGUUUUGUCUUGGAUGAGAAACUCACUAGGAAUACUAGCUCUUCGGAUAGACUGGAUCUGCAACAAGAAGUGAAGAUGGCGACUUUGGCUGCUACACAGCGAGCCAGGGCGAACAGAGCACUAAGCAACGGCUGUGGGCAUUCGGACGCCGAGCAUAUCACUGUACGCUCGGGCCAGAAUUUCUAUACCUGGCUGCAUACAUCUGCUGUUCAUGACGUCAAGAGCGCGGUUGUCUCCAAAGCCCUUAUCUGUAAGAUUGGAAACGGUGGUGAUGUCUUUAUCACCGCCAAAGAAAGAUAUCUUGCCGAGAGGUUAUGGAGGCAGAUGUCUGUAGAAGGCAGGCUUUGGAAUGAUGUCGGCAGUAUUGAGCGAGACCGCCUUACAUCGAACCUCAAUUCGGUCAACUUCCCCGAAUUCUCGUCUCCUCAAAGCCUCAAAUCGGACGGCGAUGUACGGACGCAAUUGCUUCAACUUGCGGAGUACGAGCACAAAUACACACUUUCUUGUUUGAACGACUUGACGCAAAUUUUGGAGAAUUCCGGUCGUCGAACCAUCUCAGUCUACCUGCAGAUGUACCACCGUUGCUGUGUAAUUUACAAUGAAACCUGUGCCAAGUAUGCUUUUGGUUCCACCACAGCGAUGUGA